GAUGUUUCCAUCGAUGUUUCUCCACCUCUAGUUAAGAUUGUCAAUUGCAUAAAGAUUUUACCAAACAUGUUUAAUAAAUCUGCGUUAAUUGGCAGCCUGGUGCGCCGCUCCUUUGGCACCUGCAACCAACUGAGACAGGCGAUUAAGAACCACCAGCCGAACAAUAUGGAGAAACGUUUUUUGGUUUGGAGCGGUAAAUACAAAUCGCAGGCCGAAGUCCCAGCUUUCGUCAGCCAGGAUGAGAUGGAACGCGUUCGCAAUAAAAUGCGCAUCCGCCUGGCCAACAUCAUGAUUGCAUUGACAGUUGUCGGCUGCGGCAUCAUGGUCUACAGCGGCAAGCAGGCGGCCAAAAGGGGAGAGUCCGUGUCAAAGAUGAAUUUGGAAUGGCACAAGCAGUUUAAUGAGCUCAAGCCUGAGGGAGCAGCAGCCCCAGCCACCACCAAAUAGGAAACCGAAAUAGAAGAGAAAUCACACCACCCCCCACAAGCAAUUGUUAAUUAUUUGUGAUGUUUCUUUGAAAAGUUUUGUUUAGAUUGAAACGGAAUUGUGAGAUAUUUAUAGACCUGCAUGAUAAAUCAGAUUUAGUUAGACUAUUUUCUUGGUAUAACCACACCCAAAUCCUUGUUAGAUAUUCAGUGAUAUUCGUAAACUCAAGCUAGUUUUGUAUUAAGUGAAUGGAAUAAAUAUCUUAUGAGUACAUGAGCAG